AAUGUCAGUGUUUUGUCAGUCGCGAAAAAAUGAGUGUGCCUGUGCCAAAAAGUGCCUAGUUUUCCAGUUAAAUUAUCAUAUUUCCCAACAUACACCACCGUGUUCACAUCCCUUAGUCUUCCCUCUACAUCCCUAAGAUUAAUUUGAGUGCAUUCCUGUUGAGAAUCAGUGGGGGGAAAUGGAGAAAAUCUUAAGGGGAAUUAUUCGGUAUAGGGCCACAACGAGGAAGCAAAUGGUGAAGGAAUUUGAGCAAGUCAGAGAUAAUCCCCAUCCCAAAGCUGUGUUCUUUACGUGUAUGGACAGUCGGAUGAUACCCACGAGAUUUACAGAGACACAUGUAGGGGACAUGUUUAUAGUACGAAAUGCUGGAAAUCUCAUUCCACAUGCCCAUAAUUUCCAAGAUGAGUAUUUUACGUGUGAGCCAGCUGGACUUGAAUUGGGAUGCGUUGUCAAUGACAUCCGGCACAUUGUGAUUUGUGGGCAUAGCGACUGCAAAGCCAUGAAUUUGCUGUAUCAACUGAGAAAUCCCGAAUUUGCAUCCCUGGAUAAUCGUCGGAUUUCUCCGUUACGUGCUUGGCUGUAUUCCCAUGCGAAUAGCAGUCUCCAGACUUUCCUCAAGUGGCAUCAGUCUGGGGGCAAAGAUCCUCUGAUCUUCUCGUCAGAGACACCACUGCGAAAGGUUGUUGCGUACAUUGAUCCCGAGAAUCACUUUGCAAUUGAAGAUAAGCUGAGUCAGGUGAACACUCUGCAGCAAAUGGCUAAUAUUGCGUCCUAUGGAUUCCUCAAGAGGCGCCUGGAGACCCAUGACUUGCAUAUCCAUGCCCUUUGGUUUGAUAUCUACACCGGAGACAUUUACUUCUUCAGUCGCGCUGCCAAGAGAUUCCUGCAGGUUGAUGAGGCGACUGUGGAGAGGUUGCUGGAGGAAGUUGAUAGGUACUACUCCUGAGGAUUGCUUCGUAGCUCCGCCAAAUGCCAAAGCAAAAAAGCUCAAUAUCUGUGGUGCUUUAAAAAUGUGCUUUCUCGAAGAGAUGCUACUGCCCUAGUUACCAAUAUCUCUCUCAAAUUGUUCCUAGGAGAGGCUUCUGCUGUAUUUUUAUACAUUUGUACAUUACAUAACUUCAUAAUCUCACGAUAAAACUAUAUUUUUGUAUUUUCUAGGGGGUAUAAAUAGGUGAAAUUGAACCUAACUUUGAAGUCAAUUGGAUGCAUUUAUAACCAAAAAAAUUGUAGGAAAAUUAUUAGACAUUACAUGACACACGUAUACGUUAAUAUAGCACUUUGGAGGAAUUUUAAUAAAUAUAAUGUUGGAAAUUA